AUGGCCGGAGAUCUAGGCGAGAUCCAGGCGUCGGCAGCACCCGUCAACAAACCGGGCCCAGGUCGGCGCCGUACCGGCCCCGACCCACUCACUCAGAAUUUGAACUAUAGCAGCCACUUUAUUGCAAACAAGCCUAGUUGCAAUGAAAAGGUUGCUUCAAGCUCAACUAAGCCCGCUCAAAGCGCUCAAAUAGACGAAAACUACACAUUGGUCAAUUUGACCCCCAAAGAAAUGCUGGUCGAGUUCUCAGAACACUCUACUAUAGACCCAACCAACUGGACGCUUAAAAAGAAAAUAUACAAUGCAGUUGUGGGGCUAGUUGUCGUGCUUAAUAGCGGCGUGUCGUCCUCCUUGCCUAGCAAUGCAGUCCCCACUAUCAUGCAGGACUUUGGUCUAGAGGGAGGCGGCCAAAAGGUCUUGCCAACCGCUAUCUUCCUAAUUGGAUAUUGUGUUGGACCCUUGGUCUGGAGUCCCUUGAGUGAGACGGUUGGAAGAAGACCAGUUCUCUUUUGGACCUUUACUGUUUUUGUUCUUGGGACACUUGGCUGUGCCGUUGCACCCAACUGGACAGCACUCUUGAUCUUCCGCCUGAUCUGUGGUACCAUGGCUGCCGCACCGCAGACUGUUUCUGGUGGAGUGUAUGCCGAUAUGUUUUCAGACAUGAAAAGUCGUGGCCGUGCAAUGGCUCUGUAUAUGUCGGCUUCUAGCUUUGGUCCAAUUAUUGGACCUAUUAUCUCCGGGUGCUCUGUCAAAUAUGGCUGGAGGUGGACUUUCCGUAUUGAUUUGAUUAUCUGUGGUCUUACAUGGACAGCUCUUCUGUUCUUGUCAGAAACAUUCGCGCCUGUUUUACUGAAGAAGCACGCUAAAAAGCUACGCAAGGAGACGGGUUGCAACCGCUAUUUUGCUCCACAAGAACUCAAGUCAGACGCGGCCUUUACUCUCGCCCAAACAAUCACACGCCCUCUCACAAUGCUUAUCUUCGAGCCAAUCAUUCUAUUCACGGCUAUCUAUGUCUCUCUAGCGUGGAGCAUGGUAUUCUUCUAUUUCCAAGCUUAUCCCAUCAUCUUCGAAGGAACAUAUGGGUUCGACGUCGCGACGACGUCUCUAACAUACCUUCCAAUGGGUAUUGGGGCCGCAUCCUCCUGUCUCUUCGCUCUCUACUACGACAUGCUUUUUCAAAAGGCCAAGAAGCUCGGGAAACGAUGGGCUUCGGGCCCCGAAUAUCAUCGACUUCCACUUUCGUGCACAGCAGGCCCUCUCCUAGCUAUCAGCAUGUUCUGGCUGGCCUGGUCGGCAAAAUCGAGUAUCCAUUGGAUCGUCCCUGUGCUGUCAGGCUUGAUCUUCGGACUCGCAUACCAGACAACCUUCAUUUCGCUUCUCACAUACGUCACCGACGCCUACAAAAUCUACUCUGCUAGUGCACUCGCCUCAUCGGUAAUCAUGCGCAGUAUUGCGGGAGCAUUGUUCCCUCUCGCUGCGGAUCCGCUUUACUCCAAACUCGGAGUCUCGUGGGCCACCUCGAUACUUGGGUUCGCUAGUAUAGCGUGCAUUCCUAUUCCUUUUGCAUUGCUGUAUUAUGGCCCGUCGAUUCGGAAGGGAAGUCCAUUCUGCCAACGGUUGUUGGAGGAGGACAUGAAUAAACAGUCGAGCGGAACUCGAACGCCUGCGGAGGCUUGA